AUGCCUACUACAGCGCAAGAUUAUCAUGUCAAUAACCAGUUCCAGAUGGGUAGCAAUGCAAGUGGAUUGAGUGGAAUUUCGAAUCAAGCAGUUGUAGCACCUGCCACCCCAAGGAUGAUGGGAAAAGGUUCGAUAUCUGGGUCUGGGGGAGCGCCAAGAGGUGGACAGGUACCAGAUGCCCAACACCUUAUGCCUGCUGCUGAAAUGAGUGAUAGUCAAUCCGGUAGUAAUGGUAAGCCAGUUUCAGCACCGAGGCCAUCACAGAAGCCCUUCCACAGGAAAUCACUAGGCGAUUGGGACUUUAUGGAGACGGUAGGCGCAGGUUCUAUGGGGAAAGUAAAACUAGCCAAGCAUAGAGUAACUAAUGAGUUAUGCGCGAUCAAAAUUGUAAACAGAGCUACAAAAUCUUUUGUACAGAAACAGCAGCAGCAGCAGAAGCUUCUUUCUCCAGCUACGGAGGAAGAAGUGGCGGAGCGCAGAAAAAAGUUAGAAAAAGAGGUUUCAAGAGACAAGAGAACUGUAAGAGAGGCUUCCUUAGGUCAGAUUCUAUACCAUCCUCAUAUAUGUCGAUUGUUUGAGAUGUGUACAAUGAGUAAUCACUACUACAUGUUAUUUGAAUAUGUAUCCGGAGGGCAGCUGCUUGAUUAUAUUAUUCAACAUGGCUCCUUGAGAGAGAGACAUGCACGGAGAUUUGCUCGUGGGAUAGCCUCUGCGUUACAGUACUUGCAUUUGAACAACAUUGUUCAUAGAGAUUUAAAAAUCGAAAACAUAAUGAUCUCCUCUUCGGGGGAAAUAAAAAUCAUUGAUUUUGGUUUAUCGAACUUGUAUGAUUCAAGGAAGCAGUUACAUACAUUUUGUGGUUCGCUAUACUUUGCAGCUCCUGAGCUCUUAAAAGCCAAUCCUUAUACUGGACCAGAGGUUGAUAUUUGGUCUUUUGGUGUUGUUUUAUAUGUCCUAGUAUGUGGAAAAGUCCCAUUCGAUGAUGAAAACGCAAAUGUUUUACAUGAAAAGAUCAAAAAGGGUAAGGUUGAGUAUCCUCAACAUUUAUCUAUCGAUGUUAUAUCCCUUCUGUCCAAAAUGUUAGUAGUAGAACCAUCCAAAAGGGCAACUUUAUCUCAGGUUGUCAACCACCAGUGGAUGUUAAAGGGCUAUGAUUUCCCUGCUCCAUCAUACCUGCCACCAUGCGUGCCACUAAAAGUUGAACAAAUAAAUUUGGAAGUUAUCAAAGAAAUGCACAAACUUGAACUUGUUCAGGAUAUACAAGAAACUAAACAAUGGCUUGAGAAGCUUGUCAUGUCUGAUGAAUACGAGGCUUUGGCGGCAAGUUAUUGGGAAAAGUCAAACAGUGCAACACUUAAAGAAAACCCAAUGCGAGCUUUUAACCCAUUGUUGUCUAUUUAUAAUCUAGUUGACGAAAUGCUAAAAAGAAAACGAUCAAAGCUUAAAAAAGCAGGAGAGGCUUCAAAUUCUUCUGCUUCAUUUGCUGCUGGUGCGUUGCCAGUUACAUCUUCUGCAGCUUUAUCUGCUGGAUCAUGUACAUCAUCGAUUACCGGUAAGAUGCAAACUGGAACAGCACCAUCUACUGCUGCGGAAAGGAAGCCACAACAACAGUUAUCACCGAAGUCUCCACAGCAGCUACACUCAACUAGUAAUAGUGGCGCAACUCCAAGUCCCUCAGCGAAUGGUGUUGCCGUGAGUAAAAACCAAUCUGUGAACUAUGUCUCCCCUACCAUACCAUCCAAACAUGUACAAACAACUAUGAUUCAACCGCAGCUCACAAUUCCUAAACAGGCGCAUACUGUCGAUUCUAGGAAAACAACUUUAAUUGCAGAUGCGGAACCUGAAGAUACAGUUCUAUCGCCUGCUCCUCAAUCUCACGAUUUUGAAGUAACAAAUAGUAAGUUUGCAGCUAAUACAGCUUCGUCUCAUCAUUCCACCUCGACAUCUACAAGUUCUACUGAAAAGCACCAUAUUGGAUCAAUUUUCAGACGUUUAUCUCAGAGACAUCACCAUACUGCUUCACAAGGCGCAUCUCAGCAGAAUUAUACUCAUGAUGUUAAUACCGCACAUCAGCCUUCACAAAUACAGCCUCCUAUCAUCCAACCUAUGUUGUCUAUACGGACUGCUGAAGCUCAUUCGCGCGCCGUUUCCGAGUUUGGACCCUCUUUGAAAUAUGUUUCUGGGAUAACAGCAUUACCUAAUGAUAAUCCAAGGGGCGGCAAUUCCGAGGCGCAUUCUCAAUUACCAGCAUUACCAUACAACGCAGCAUCCUUGGUUAAACAACAGCAAAUUUUACAGCAUAAUAUGCAGGAGUUGGGUCUUUCUGGAAGCAACACAGCGUCGCCUACUAGCGGCCAAGGUAGAGAGUCUGUUGAUGAAGACAAGCCUUUAAAACAGUUAAGUGUACAAAAAGGUAGAAGGUUACACCCUUCUGCAAGAGCGAAAUCUGUUGGUCAUGCUCGUCGUGAAUCGUUGAAGUUUAUGCGUCCUGCAGUUGCAACGCAAGUCUCCCCACAAGAUAUUAACGACGAGGGAUUUUUAGAAAAUAGUGGGGAGGCAAGAUCGGAGUUCGUAGGUAGCAAUGGUUUAGAAAGCGUGGAUGAGGAAUUAAGCGAUAAGCAAAUUCUUGAUUUGGCUGCGAAAGCACCCGCAGGAUCAAUGCCGUCUAUAGACUUCCCACGGUCUUUGUUCUUAAAAGGGUUUUUCUCUGUUCAAACAACGUCCUCGAAGCCAUUGCCUAUUGUUCGAUAUAAAAUCAUUUCAACUUUAAAGAAACUAAACAUUGAAUUCAACGAAGUAAAGGGAGGAUUCACCUGUGUUCAUAGACAAUCAUAUGUGACCAAUAAAGUGCCGCCGAAUCUUCAGACCAACACUUUCGUUGCUGAUACUUCUCCCACAAAUUCUUCGAAUAAUAACUCCUAUGUUACGGCACAUAGGAGACAAUUAUCUAUUCCUUCUCGUCAUGGAUCUAUAAGAAGGCAACAUAAUGCACAGCCUAAUAUACCCAAUACACCCCAAGCUGCUGCAAUCCAUGAACGCUCGUUGUCAAUAACAUCUCAAUCUUUUGGAGGAAGUAGUAUUGCCGAGGAACUUUCCACAGCAUCUUUGGAAUCGUUGCAUCAGGAUGACAUUUUGACAACAUCAAAAGCACAAGAUAUGAACAAUAAGAAUUUGGAAAUGCAGCAAGAAAAGGAAAGGCCGCCUCUGCGGUUUGAAAUUCACAUUGUUAAGGUACGAAUCGUUGGUUUAGCAGGUGUACAUUUCAAGAAGGUUUCUGGGAAUACCUGGAUGUACAAAGAGUUGGCAUCGCAUAUAUUGAAGGAAUUGAAUUUAUGA